AUGUCCCUCAAUAUUCCCCAGGCCCCCAACUCGGGUCUUUUCAAGCAGGGCUACAACAACUACGACUCCGAGGAUGGCGCUGUCCUCCGCAACAUCGAUGCCUGCCGCGCCAUUGCCCAGACCGUCCAGACCUCGCUGGGCCCCUACGGCCGCAGCAAGGUCGUCAUCAACCACCUGCAAAAGAUGAUCCUCACCUCCGAUGCCGCCACGAUCCUCCGCGAGCUCGACGUUGUCCACCCCGCGGCUAAGCUUCUCGUCAUGGCUUCACAGCAGCAGGAUGCCGAAAUGGGUGACGCUACAAACUUUGUCAUCAUCCUCGCCGGCGAGCUGCUCCGCAAGGCCGAAGACCUGCUUCGCAUGGGCCUCAAGACGGCCGACAUUGUCCUCGGCUACGAGAGGGCGCAGAAGUUUGCUCUCGACACCCUCGAGCAGCUGGCUGUUGACAAGGUCGAGAACAUCCGUGACCAGGAAGAACUCACCAAGGCUCUGCGCACCGUCAUUGCAAGCAAGCAAAACGGCAACGAAGACACGCUGGCGGAACUCGUCGCCGAGGCUGUCCUUGCUGUCCUGCCCAAGAACCCGGCCAACUUCAACGUCGACAACAUUCGCGUCGUCAAGAUUAUGGGCGGCAGCCUGGAGCAGAGCCGUGUCGUUCGCGGCAUGGUCUUCCCCAAGGAGCCUCACGGUAUCGUCAAGAAGGCCACUCGUUCCAAAGUCGCCGUCUACACCUGCCCCAUUGAUACCAGCCAGACCGAGACCAAGGGCACAGUUCUGCUGCACAACGCCAAGGAAAUGAUGGACUUCACCAAGGGCGAGGAGAACCAGCUCGAGACUGCCAUCAAGGAGCUUUACGAUGCCGGUGUCCGCGUCGUUGUCUGCGGCGACCGCAUCGGCGACCUUGCUCUCCACUACCUCAACAGAUUUGGCAUCCUCGCCAUCAAGAUUCUCUCCAAGUUUGACCUCCGCAGAGUAUGCCGCGUCGUCGGCGCCACUCCCUUGGCCCGCCUUGGUGCCCCCAUGCCUGACGAGAUGGGCAACAUUGACAUUGUCGAGACUAUGGAGAUUGGUGGCGAUCGUGUUACCGUCUUCCGCCAGGAGGACGAAGUUACCCGCACAGCUACCCUGGUUCUCCGUGGUGCUACGCAGAACCACCUCGACGACAUUGAGCGCGCUGUCGAUGACGGCGUCAACGUUGUCAAGGCUAUCACCAAGGACCCCCGCCUGGUGCCCGGUGCCGGUGCCACUGAGAUUCAGCUGAGCACCAAGAUCCAGGCCCAGGGUGACAAGACCCCCGGCCUCAGUCAGUACGCCAUCAAGAAGUACGGCGAGGCCUUUGAGGUCAUUCCUCGCACACUCGCCGAGAGCUGCGGCCUCGACGCCACCGAAGUCCUUUCCAGAUUAUAUGCUGCCCACCACAAGGCCGAGGAUGGCGACACUGGUGUUGACGUGGAAAACUCCGACGGCACUGGUAUUCUGGAUGCGCAGGAGGACGGCAUCCUCGACCUUCUGGCCUCCAAGUACUGGGCUAUUAAGCUCGCCACCGAGGCUGCCCGCACAGUCUUGUCUGUUGACCAGAUCAUCGUCGCUCGCCAAGCAGGUGGCCCCAAGCCCCCGGGUCCCAACCCUAACUGGGAUGACGACUAA